AUGAGAGUUGAGCUUCAUCUUAUAAAUGCCCCAUCCUUUGCAGUAGCACUGCAAGGCCAAGUCUUGAAGAGACCUUUAACCCAGGUCUCUUCAAUAACUCCUCACUGGUGGGUUAGUUCUCAUUUUAUUUUUUGGGUGGGUGACUUGGUCUUUUGAAAAUUUACCCCAACCACCCCCUCUUCCUGCCUCAUCCCCCUCUCCUUCCCUCAAAAUUGAAACUUAGACCCCCACCCUAUUCCUAUUCCAAAGCUUCAUUUUCCUAACCUCUCCUUUCUAGUUCCCAGAAAACAUACCUCCUUCAAUUCCAUUCCAACUCAGUAGUAUCUAAUAAACCACCCUUCAAUCCCAUUCCAAAGACUUCCACCUUCAAUUGUCAUCUUUCUUCAAAUUAAGAUUUAACUAUGUCGCCUUCUAGUUCAGCUAAACAAAUUCUGUCUACAGUUGGAUCGGCCGCAGCCACCGCAUUGCUCAUGCGAACCAUAAUCAAUGAGUACCUACCCCCUGAAAUCUAUGACUUCAUUUCCUCAAGAAUCCGAUGGCUUACCAACAACUUUUCUUCGCAAUUGUGCAUGGUGAUUGAAGAAUUUGAGGGCUUCGAGAUCAACAAGGUCUUUGAAGCAGCUGAAAUCUACCUCGGCAACAAAGAGUCCCCAUCCAUUAAGAGGAUAAAGGUUCGGAAAUCCGAUAAAGAGAAGGAUUUCACAGUCACCAUGGAACCGUAUGAACAACUUGUGGAUAUCUUCCAAGAGGCCAAAUUCGUAUGGAAGUUGGUUUCUUAUGUUCCUCAGCAAGCUGAUGUGAAUACCGCGAGACCUUCAUCCAGGGGUGAAGUCAAAUCCUUCGAGCUUAGCUUUCACAAGAAACACAAAGACCUGAUUCUAAAAUCGUACUUGCCUCACAUAAUGGAGCAAGUGAAGGCCAUUAAAGAAGAGAGAAGCCUGGUGAAGCUCCACACUCUGAAUCGUGACUUCUACUAUCAGGACCCUGGAAGUGUGUGGGACCACAUAAUUUUUGAUCAUCCCGCAACAUUUGACACUCUUGCGAUCGAUACAACUUUGAAGGAAGAAAUAAUGGCUGACCUUAAGAGGUUCACAGAGAGGAAGGACUUUUACAGGAGAGUUGGUAAGGCAUGGAAGCGAGGGUACUUGCUCUAUGGUCCCCCUGGUACCGGCAAAUCUAGCUUGGUAGCCGCUAUGGCCAACUUUCUUAACUUUGAUGUGUAUGACCUUGAGCUUGCAGCCAUAAAUUCGAAUUCGGAGUUUCGGAAGCUCCUCGUGGCCAUUGCUAACCGCUCAAUCAUAGUGAUUGAGGACAUCGAUCGCACUGUAGACCUGGAGGGUCAGUCUGCACAAGAUGAGCCCGAUAAUACGCGAAACCUUGCGGUUUGUGAGCCCGAUACCGCAAAAACUCAAAGGGUGACUCUAUCUGGAUUGCUAAAUUUUCUUGAUGGCCUAUGGUCUACUUGUGCGGACGAGACGAUAUUCGUAUUCACAACGAAUCACAAGGAGAAGCUCGAUCCGGCAUUACUCCGGCCGGGUAGAAUGGACAAGCACAUACUUUUGGGGUACUGCAAAUUUUUUAGCUUCAAGAAAUUGGUUUCAACCUACCAUGGUGUGGAUGAGCACCCCCUGUUUGAAGAGGUUGCAGGUCUCUUGGAAGAGGCAGAGGUGACCCCUGCUGAGGUAGGUGAACAACUUAUUAGGAGUGAGGAUGUUGGGAUUGCACUUCAAGGCUUAAUUGAGGUCCUCAAGAAGAAGAGAGAGGAUAUUGCCCAAAGGAAAGAAGGAAAUGGAACUGGAAUUGAGAGCUUGUAAGAACGAGUAUUCAUGGUGAAAUUUUGGGACUUUCCAUCAUUUGCUAUUUUUUGCAUUUCAUAUGUCCUGGUCACCUUGGAGAAGGAAGCAUGUCUCCAAAACUCAAAUUAUUUAGUUCGUUAUGCAAAUGUCACAUAACUCCCCAUUUUAUCGAAGGAAAUUAAUUUUAAGUUUCUCUAAUUUUACUUGUUGUAGACUCGCUCGAGAAUAGAAGAUCAU